AUGGCAUCCCGAGGAGUUCUGAUCGCGAUUGACCGAGGUGGCACUUUCACAGACGCCUGGGCUCAAUUACCUGGUCGUGAAGAACAUGUCAUUCUCAAAGUACUAUCUGAGUCACCUGAUGAGUACAGCGAUGCACCAACAGAAUGUAUCCGACAGAUCCUGGAAAUCGCAACAGGAACCACCAUCCCCCGCGGGACCCCACUAGAUCUUGAAUGCGUCGAAUCAAUUCGCAUGGGUACCACAGUUGCCACUAACGCACUUCUGGAGCGGAAAGGCGAGCGUGUGGCCUUCAUCACUACGAAAGGCUUCAAGGAAGCUCUCAAAAUUGGAAACCAGGCCCGUCCAGACCUGUUCGAUCUCACAGUAAAACGUCUCGACAAGUUAUAUGAAACUGUUGUUGAGGUCGAUGAGCGUGUGACUAUUGAGGGCUGGGCCGAGAACCCAGAACCAACGACUAUCGAUAUCAAUGCCGAUGUCGACCUGCGGGAAGGUAUCACAGGAGAGGCAGUGCGCAUUCUCAAGAGCCCAAACCUUGAUGCAGUCCGCAUCGAUCUGAAGCGCCUCUGGGACGAGGGAUUCCGCGAUGUUGCGGUUGCUCUUAUGCACUCAUAUAUGUUCCCUGAUCAUGAACUUGCCGUUGCAGAUCUUGCUAAGGGAAUGGGUUUCAACGUUGCCAUCUCCUCGAAACUUUCCUCCAUGGCAAAACUCAUCCCUCGCAGUCAGUCAGCCGUCGCUGAUGCGUACCUUACCCCCGUCACAACACGCUAUCUCGAGAGCUUUAGAAAGGGCUUCAAGGGCCUACUCGAAGACGAGAACGGCAAGAAGUUAUUCCUCAACCAAUCUGAUGGUGGUCUGACUAACUUCAAGAACUUCGCUGGCCUCCGUGGUGUCCUGAGUGGGCCUGCUGGCGGUGUCGUCGGUGUAUCCAGAACUUGUUACGACCCCAGUGACGCAACACCCUUACUCGGAUUCGACAUGGGUGGUACCAGUACCGAUGUGGCCCGAUACUCAGGCGAGCUCGAGCACGUGUUCGAGAGCACGCUUGCAGAAAUCUCUAUCCAAACACCCCAGCUCGAUAUCAAUACUGUUGCUGCAGGUGGUGGUUCCAUCUUGUCCUGGGAGAAUGGUCUCUUCAAGGUCGGCCCGGAGAGCGCUGGCGCUAACCCUGGUCCAGCCUGUUAUGGAAAGGGUGGACCUUUGACCGUGACAGAUGCCAACCUGUUCCUCGGUCGCAUCAUUAAAGAAUCAUUCCCCAAGCCUCUCAACACAGACAUUGUUACUAAGAUGUUCCUGGAGGUGACAACCACCAUCAAUUCGGAGAAGGAUGGUGACUCCCUCCUAACGCCCGAGGAGGUCGCUUGUGGGUUCUUGUCCAUUGCCAAUGCCACUAUGACCCGUCCCAUCCGAACUCUCAGCGAGGGACGUGGUUACGAGACCGCCAACCACAAUCUGGCUUGCUUCGGUGGUGCCGGUGGCCAGCACGCAGUUUUCGUCGCUCGCGAUCUGGGAAUUCGUCGCGCCAUCAUCCCGCGAUACUCCAGUAUUCUUUCCGCAUAUGGUAUGGCUCUUGCCGACGUGACCGUCGAGACCCAGGAGCCCGAGUCCCUGAUUUUCCACCCUGAUAUUGCGCCACGCGUGGAGUCUCGCUUCAAGAAGCUUCGCGCACAAGGUGAGGAGGGCCUGGCUGCCCAAGGUUUCGGUCUGGACUCCAUUGAGCACGAGAUGUACCUGAACAUGCGCUACCGAGGAAGUGACACCACAUUGAUGAUCCGACAGCCAGAGGAUCUUGCCGAAUUUGGAAACGCUUUCACCCGUCGUCACGAGCAGGAAUUUGGCUUCUCUCAGCCUCGUGACAUCAUGAUCGAGGAUGUCCGUGUUCGUAGUGUUGGAAAAGCGAAGGACGUUUACACCUCAAACCCCUUCGCUGAACUGGCCAAGCUCGAGUCAUCAGUUCCUUCCGAGUUCACUCGGCAGUCCAUUGCAAAGGUCUACUUCGAGAACGAGGGAUGGAUGGAUAUUCCCGUCCACAACCUUACCAACCUGCCUGCCGGUGCUCGCGUUAAGGGACCCGCUAUGAUCAUUGACAAGACCCAGACAAUCGUCGUCGACACCAACAGCAAGGCUAUCAAGCUCCCCGAGCACGUCAUCCUCGAGAUCACUGACAGCGAACGCAAGGCUGCCAGCACCGACACCAUCGACCCCAUUCUCCUCAGUGUGUUCAGUCACCGCCUGAUGAGUGUGGCCGAACAGAUGGGUAACGCCAUGCAGAAGACCUCUAUCUCAGUCAACAUCAAGGAGCGACUUGACUACUCCUGCGCCGUCUUCAGCGCCAGCGGAGGUCUUGUCGCCAACGCGCCUCACAUUCCCGGUCACCUGGGCUCCAUGGCUUCCGCGAUCGCAUACCAGGCCAACCGUUACAAGAAGGGAGAGCUCAAGCCUGGUGAUGUGAUUCUCAGCAACCACCCCAUCGCCGGUGGUACUCACCUUCCGGACAUCACCUGUAUUACGCCCGUGUUCGACAACGACGAGAACCCCACAAAGAUCCUCUUCUAUGUCGGUAACCGUGGCCACCACGCUGAUAUCGGCGGUAUCAUUCCCGGAUCCAUGCCCCCUAACUCCACCGAGCUGUGGCAGGAGGGCGCCUCAUUCGAGUCGUUCAAGAUGAUCAAGGAGGGUGUCUUCGAUGAAGAGGGCCUGAUCGACAUCUUGUACAACGAGCCCGCAAAGUACCCUGGCUGCAGUGGCACACGUACCCUCAAGGACAACAUUGCCGAUCUGAAGGCCGCUGUCGCAUCUAACCAGAGAGGUAUUCAACUCAUUCGCGCACUUGUUAAUGAGUACACCUGGCCUGUGGUCGAGUUCUACAUGAAUGCCAUUCAGGAGAACGCCGCCCAGUCCGUGCGUGAGCUUCUCAAAGUCUUCUCCGACCGCUUCGAGGGUGCUGAUCUUGAGGCCGUCGACUAUACCGAUGAUGGUACUCCACUGGUACUGCGUAUCUCCAUCGAUUCCCAGACCGGAGAGGCUGUCUUCGAUUUCACAGGCACCGGGCCUGAGCAUCACGGCAACCUUAACUGCCCACCUGCCUGCAUGUAUUCCGCUAUUCUCUACUGCCUCCGCUGCAUGAUCUCUUCCGACAUUCCCCUCAACCAGGGCUGUCUCCAGCCCAUCAACAUCGUCUGCCCCAAGGGCACACUCCUGACCCCCUCCUUCACAGCUGCAACGGUUGGAUCAACCGGCGAGACCACAAACCGCGUCAUCGAUCUGAUCUUCAAGGCGUUCCACACAGCCGCUGCCUCACAAGGAACGUGCAACAACUUGACCUUCGGCUAUGGUGGCAAGGAUUCCGUGACUGGCGAGGUUAAGAAGGGUUUCGGCUAUUAUGAGACCAUUGCCGGCGGUGCCGGUGCCGGUGCCGACUGGGAAGGCGAGAGCGGGGUUCACACCGGUGUGACAAACACCCGCAUUGGCGAUCCCGAGAUCUUCGAGCGACAGUAUCCCGUCAUUCUCCGCGAGUUCUCCAUUCGCAAGGGCAGUGGUGGUGCCGGUCUGCACCGCGGUGGUGAUGGCUGUGUUCGCGAUAUUGAGUUCCGCAUCCCUGUACAGGUGUCUAUUCUCUCUGAACGACGUGUGAACCCACCAUACGGCCUUGCUGGUGGAUCACCGGGUAUGCGCGGUGUCAAUAUUUGGGUUAGACAUGACCCAAUCACUAAGGAGGUGCGACAUGUUGGUAUGAGUGGCAAGUCGUCCGCCGAUAUGCGCGCUGGUGAUCGUAUCAUUGUCAACACCCCUGGUGGUGGUGGUUAUGGCAAGGAUCCCAAUGCCAGGGAGCCCAAGAAGCCCAAGGGAGAGUUCCGGGCGCAUGAGAACUUCCUCAGAAAUCCGGCUCUGUUCAGGGCUACGGGAAGCAUGGCGAAUCGGCAGGCUAUGGCCGCAUCCAACUAG